CGACAUUGCCUUCUCGGCCAUGUCGACUUGACAUCACGCCACCAAGCCUUGCAUGCUAGGGGAACUCGGUUCUAACGCAGUGACCGUUCUGGGUGACAUACUCACCCAUCUAUGCGCACGGUGCAUCAACAACAACGAUCGUUCCGAGGCAAAUCUACCCUAGUCCAUGGCUCUGCCCACCUUAAGGCAGGGAUAUCUACGCCUAUGCUUUGGCUACUAGACCUCGGGACAAACUAACCCGUUGACUUAUGGGUAAUGUUCUAAGUGCAGAAAAGUCGCCAGCACGAUGCCAGUGACAGUCAUCGGCGAGCUUACCGCCCUAUCAACGGCCUUGCAAGCCUCCCUUCGCGUCACAGAGAAGAUCUUCGAGGUCAUCGCCGUCGAUCAGGAAGCCCGAGACAUUCUGGAGAUUACCUCGCGGAUGACUACAAGGCUCGCGCAGGCGAAAACUCUACUCCACCAAAAGUCGCAUCUACUGAGCUCCAUAGAAAAGUCACUGGUCGAAGACGCGUUGCAACCUGCCGAACGAGCUAUUGCUUCGGUCGCAAAACUGGUCGAAGCUGCUCGCGCAGAUUUGGAAGUGUCUGGAGGGAAGAAGGCUGGCCGUGUAAGCCUGCGUACCCGCCUACAGUUCGUAUUUCAAGACUCAGCUCGGCUCCCUGUGAGUCUGCAAAAAUUGGAAUUCGCGAAUUCGAACCUCAACGCCGCUAUCGGUCUUUUGAGCGGUAAGGAAGGUAGCCGGUAUAUACUACCCGAAAUCGUAGCGAUCUCCCAGAACGGACCUCCUCCCGCAUACGAUGAGACCGACUUCCUGCACAAAAGUAGACUCAGGAACAGUCGUCUUCGCCAACGAGCAAGCAUGGCAUCUUUCAGCUCGACAACCAUGAGUGAGACAACAGCACCUGCAGAAGGUUACUCGGAGACACCUUCACUUUUCGCAGGUUCGCCCGUGGAUGCUUGCUCAACUCUUGAACACCCGCCCACAUCACUGUUUGACCCACCAUUGCGGACAGACAAACCUCGAGAGAUGCUUCUGCUAGCUGUUCCACCUGAAGAACCGAGCACCGGACCACUGUUGAGAGGCAAAGCACGAAAUCAAGCGUGGUUGCAGCGACAAGCCGAGGGUUAAGCGACCAGGUCAUCCACGUAAGGUCGAGUUUUCUGCCAUAGUCUGGUCAAAACUCAGUUGGAUAGCGGCGUAGCGUACAUUGAGCGCACCCAGACCGUACUGAGCAUUCACCAAUUAUUGUUAUUGAAUGCAAUAU